AUGACGCACGCCGCCUCUAAAGACGACCUACGCGUCACCACACUCUUCGACUUCACACAACAUGUCGUCCUCGUAACCGGCGGCGCCACCGGCCUCGGUGAAAUGGCCGCCCAAUCCUUCAUCCAAAACGGCGCCCGCGUCUUCAUCGCCUCGCGCAAAGAAUCCGAACUCCGCUCCACCACCGCACGUCUCAAUGCCCUCGGUCCCGGCCACUGCUCCUACAUAAUCGCAGACCUGAAGAAUAAAGCCGGCUGCCUAGCUCUCUGCUCUGAACUCGCCAAACAGACAGAUCGACUCACUGUCCUUGUGAACAACACGGGUGCCAGCUGGGGGGACGAUUAUUACGAUUAUCCGGAACAUGCGUGGGAUAAACUGUAUGCGUUGAAUGUGAAGAGUAUAUUCUAUAUGACGGUGGGGUGUGAGGAGCUCUUGAAGAAGGGGGCGGAUAUGCAUAAUCCGAGUAGGGUUAUUAACAUUGCUAGUAUGGCGGGUAUAACGACAGUCGAUGUUACAACGGGAGAGAGUGGCGGGUUGAGCAAACCGGGACAUGGCACGUUCAGCUACGGCCCAGCAAAAGCGGCGUGUAUCCACUUGACCAAAAUGCAAGCCUCGAAGCUCGCCCCCAAAAACAUUAUGGUCAACGUCAUCUGCCCCGGUGUCUUCCCCAGCCGCAUGACGAAUUUUGGGCUCGAGAAAUACGCCGAUGCGUUGACGUCGGGACAGCCGACUGGGAGGAUUGGCAAGCCGAGUGACUUUGGCGGGCUGGUACUGUUUUUGAGUAGUAAGGCGAGUGCACAUAUCACGGGGAAUGCAGUCGAGAUGGAUGGAGGUGCUACGUUGACGGGGUGGAGAGGAAAGGUAGGUGGUGGAAGUGAUGGUGGGGAGAGUAAGCUGUAA